UAUAUAUAUACUGCUGCUACCAUUCAUUCAGCAAUUAACAAAUUAUUGCAGCAGCAAGUCAAGUGUGUACUGCAUCCACGACACAUAUGCAUUAUCGAUCGUAGCACAGGCAGCUGAGCACAAGAUCGAUCGAUCGAUCGAAAUAAUUAAAAGGAAGGAAGGGAUCUAGUGGCCGGUGGAUGGGUUUCAAUCCGCCGGUGCCGCAGAAGGACAGCGAGUGGGAGAUCCGGGUGGCUGUGCUGCUCAGCCUCCUCCUUCAGGUCAUCCUCAUCUUCGUGGGGCCCAUGCGCAAGCGCACCUCCCACCCUGUCCCGUGCUUCGCCAUCUGGGCAUGCUACCUCCUCGCCGACUGGGUCGCCGACCUCGCCCUCGGCCUCCUCCUCAACAACCUCGGCAACAUCGGCAGCAGCAGCAGCCACCUCUCUGCCGGUGCCGGCGGCGGCCCGCCCAUCUUCGCCUUCUGGACGCCGUUCCUCCUGCUCCACCUGGGCGGCCCCGACACCAUGACCGCCUACUCCGUCGACGACAACGAGCUCUGGCGCCGCCACCUCAUUGGCUUGCUCUUCGAGCUCUUCUCCGCCUUGGUCGUCUUCUCCUGCUCCAUCAGGAGCAACCCCAUGAUCCCGGCCACCGCCCUCAUCUUCGUCGUCGGCGUCAUCAAGUACGGCGAGCGCACCUACUCGCUCUACUCCGGCAGUGUGGACGGUGUCAUCGCCAAAAUCUUCCGGGCCCCUGAUCCUGGCCCUAACUACGCCAAGCUCAUGACCGUGUUUGGCGGCAAGCGGAAUGGCGGCCUUCUCGUCGAGAUCACCAUUGCCAACGGCGAGGCCAGCAAGGCCAAGGAGGUGUUGCAGCAGGGCAGUGAGGUUCGGCUGGUGGAGACGACCAAAAGCCUGGAGGCAAUAGCGUACGAGUUCUUCACCAUGUUCCGGGUGCUGUACGUCGACAUCAACCUCAGCUACAAGGAGAGGAGGAUCAGCCAGGCCUACUUCCUGGACCGCCGCGACAUGACGGCGGACAAGGCGUUCGAGGUGAUGGAGAUAGAGCUCAACUACCUCUACGACAUGGUGUACACCAAGGCGCCCGUGUCCCACAGCUCGGCAGGCUGCGUCCUCCGCUUCAUCUGCACCACCUGCCUCGUCGUCGCCAUCGUCCUCUUCGUGCUCCUGGACAAGACCGGCAUCCUCCCCGUGGACCGUGGCAUCACCUACGCGCUGCUGCUCGGCGGGCUGGCGCUCGACGUGGCCGCCAUCCUCAUGCUCCUCUGCUCCAACCGGAUGAUCGUCUUCCUCGAAGCCAAGCACAUGGCGUGGCUUUCCCGGGUGGCCAGGGCCGUGCGGCUGCAGCCAAGGCGGUGGUCGGAGCGGACCUCGCAGCUGAACUUCAUCUGCUACUGCCUAGGCAAGCCCAAGGAGCAGGAGGGUCGCCGCCGCCAGUGCUGCAGGCGGAAGACGAUCCCGCCGAGUGUGAUGCGGUUCCUCAUCUGGGUCGCCAACAAGGUGGGCGUCAGGGAGACCUUGGACGACUUCUUCUUUAUCCAGCGCAAGCCGGUGACGAUGGUGAGCGUCAUCGGGAGGCGGGGACGAUGGUGCAACUGCAAGGAGGGGGAUGAGAGGGCGCCGACGACCAUCGAUGCCCUUGCGUAUGUCUUCGUUGGUCUCCAGAGGGAGGCCAUAAAAUUCAGGGACUCCGAGGACUACUACUUGAAGAAGCUGCGCGGCUACCGCGGCGAGGGGACCCUAUUGGAUGACGAGGGCCUCUUCCGAAACAUCAAGAUGGAGCUGACCAAGGCAACACGAGAGGAGCUCAACCUUAGGCUUACGGAGGAGGAGAGCUCGAGCUCAACAACCAAGAAGAAGGAGGCCGAGGAGAUUACACAUGACGUCCUGCAGCUGGCCGACAAGAAGAAGAAGGAGAUAGACGACUUGGUGAAGGAGAAGCUGGAUGGCGUCCUGCGGAACAGCAUCGGGAGGGAGUUCGACGAGUCGCUGCUGCUAUGGCACAUCGCCACUGACCUAUGCUGUCACCGAGAGCGGGAAGGGCCUCGGAUGCUCGACACCAUCGGCUUGAUGUCCAUCAGCGAGACCCUGUCGGAGUACAUGCUCUACCUCCUCGUCAGGCAACCGGAGAUGCUGUCGGCCACCGCCGGCAUCGGCCUACUCCGCUACCGGGACACGUGCGCCGAGGCGCGCCGCUUCUUCAAGUCGGCGGAGGCGUGGGACCCCAACCACGACGACGCCCGCCGGAUGCUGCUUUCCGUCAACACGUCCAAGAAGCCGGCCGAUGUGAAGGGCGACCGGAGCAAGUCGGUGCUGUUCGACGCCUGCAUCCUGGCCAAGGUGCUCCGGGAGCUGGACGACGACACCAUGUGGAGGGUGGUGGCCGGAGUGUGGAGGGAGAUGCUGACUUACGCGGCCGGCAAGUGCCAGGGGAGCACACACGUGCGCCAGCUCAGCCGUGGCGGCGAGCUCAUCACCAUGGCAUGGUUCCUCAUGGCGCACAUGGGGAUAGGCGACGUGUAUCGGAUCGGCGAGCUGGCCGGUGACUCCAAGGCCAAGCUCAUCAUCCAUGAUCAAUAGCUAGCUAGCCAUACUCAAUAGCUCAUCGACGUCCAAUCUUCACCAAGAAAUAAUAUAGACACGUACCUCAAAUUGCUAGCAGAAUAAGAGCAUAAAUUAUUAA